UCUGCCGGAAUCAGCGAAGCGAAGCGGUCGAACCCGACUCCGUGUCUAGUGCGUGUGUGUGUUUCGCGUUUGUCUUUACGUUUGCCCGUUUUCUUUUCCGUUUUACUGUGGCAAUUUCGUUUCGAGCAAAGGGAACGCAGCUCAGGAGGAAAAGAAGUUCGCGUGAUUAGCACGUGCUUGGUUGAUUGUUUAGCCUUUUUUGUUUACUCUUCUGUGAGCACGUGAUUGGUUAUGAUAAGGCCGUAAGUUUUCGAUUCUUGUCUUGUUGGAGCUGCUUUUGGUUGGUGGAAUAGUGAUUGUGGAAAAUUCGGUUCUAUCUAUGCGAAUGGACAUUUGAUAGGACUAAAACACUGUCUCAAACCCGUGGCCCCACAGUGCUGUGUCAUUGUAAUUAUGCGUUAAGUGUGCCCAAAUUAGUGCUCAAACAAGCGUGACGAUGACUAGCUGAUCUUUAUAUUUAUGUUUCGCGGUGCGAAGAGUACAAGCCGAGCGAAAAAGAGAGAACGCACGUUAAUGAUAAUUAAUUUUUAGUGCAUAUAAUUACUCCCGGCUACUAUUUAUGUCAGGAAAAUUCAGCCUGAGUUAUGUGCGUUUGUUACACAAAAUAAAAGUGCAGUGAGUUAUGCUCGCGACACACUAAUUGUUUAAUCAGCUCGCCUUAUCAUGUACAAUUUGGAGCUAUUUGCGCGAAAACGAGUGCCCUCUCCUUUAAGGAUCGGAAGGCAGUGGAAGACCCAGCAACCGUAAGCGAACAACCCUACGAACCAGUGCAUGCACCGGUGACGAGUGGUUAAAGUACUGUACUGCAUGCUGUGCACCAUCGCCCGUAGCUAAAUACGGAAUCAUAUGGAGCUGUCCGGCCAGCUGACAGGAAGCUGCAACAGCCUAACAGCCUAACAGCGGUUAAAGUCACCAUCGCCGGCCCUCGCUAUCUGCAAGAAGCAUUCCGUGUGGUGUCGUGCGUGUUGAUGCGAAUAACUUUACCUGGUGACCCACACACACACACAGCACAUGCCGAACGGUGUCCGAGCGUGACCCCAGCACACACACCGGGUUACCCAUUAACCCUGAGCCGGGCAACAUCCCCUCAAGACGCCCUCCCCGGAGGCAAGGCAAGGUCGUCCGAUUAAAGUAGAACGCGAACGGUCUACGAAAAACGCCAUAAUCGGACUCCGAUGACGAUGGAGACGAUUAAGAGGGAAAAUAUACAGCUAGGUGAUAAUAGAAAACUGGUGGCCACUACAAUGGGCCACAGCCAACCAACACUACCACCAUCGAGGGCUGGCAGCAGCACAACCGUCGUCGUCAACCGGACACCACCAACACAAUCGCCAUCGGAAACACUACCACCGCCGACAGCGAAUGUCGUCGUCGUCGAUCCGGUCACGUCACUGUUCGCGGCGGUGGUCGACCAAGGAAAGCCACCGAACGAAAAAUCAGUUCAUCCCCAGUCGCCGACGUCGCACCGUGCGUGGUUUCGGAAGUCCAACACUUGUGGCAGCCUGUACGUCCAGUGUGGCUGUACCGUGGAACCCGGUGACGAUCCGCACACAUUUAACACCGCGAGCCAGCCGACGGAGCAGCAUCGACACGGCGGUGACACAGAUCGACAGCAACCACGCACCCGGCCGAUUUCGCUGUCGGAUAAGGACAUUCGCAGGAUUCGACCGCGGCUCGAUAAACCUUCGUUCGUACACCCGGACAGCCCGACGACCGUGUUCGGUGAAGCGAACGCGAAAGAUGCCUUGGUGAAGCAGGCACAGUCGACCCGUGCCUUAAUUCCCACGGCACAAACAGCGAACGGAGACUACGAAAUUCUGCACACGGCAACGGCCACACAUUCCAAACGCUACUCGACUCCUUCCAUCGGGACGAGCUACGCCUUUCAUCCGGAGUUUGUGCUGCAGAAGCUGGACACGGGAUCAUCCGCCCACGGGUCCAGCUCGCAGCUCAGUCAGCAGCUACCAACCGCACCGCAGCCGGAACCAGUGCGUAGUGCAUCGAAGAUUGUGUUUAAGCAAAGAACCAGCUGCACCAGCUACCCGGGAGUGGAAGGACGCUUCGAAGGAUCCUUCUCGAACGCUUCGAGCAUUGACGAGGUGGGCCCGAUAAGUGAAGCUGGUGAAAUCGGUGUGCCGCUGCCGCUUGGCUCGCUGGAAGAUUUAGAACGCGGGCAAAGUGCAAGCUCACCGCAACAACCACCCGUAUUUAACGUGCCCGACACAGGCGGGCAUACCCUUGACACGAGCGACCAUUGCCGAGGGGUGCUAAUUGAAUCAAACAGCAAUAAUACUGGCAAAGUUAGCAACGCCUGUGCCAUCCCGGUGCGAAAGGGUAGAGAACUGUUUGUGGACAACAGUGGGAAGCUUAGCGUCUCCCUUGACAGUGGUCGCGAGGCUCAUCUGCGGGGCGAGGGUGCUCACCAUCAGGCGGGCCCGGGUGGAACCUGUAGUGCCGAGAACAGUCCACCGAGUCCACCGUCGCUGCUACUGAGCCCGGUCAUUCCGUCGAAGUUCGAUUGCUCCGCCAAGGAGUAUCUCAUCCAGUCCGGCAUACUCGGUCCGAUGGGUAAUGGGUCGUCGUUGCUCAUGCGCAAAACCUCCAAGAUUGUCCCGAACAUUGACACACCGGUCAAGGAGCGGAUACGUAAGAAUUCGGUAAAGUUCUGGGGCAAAGUGCUUACCGAGGAUCGUCGGAAGUCACUUACCGGGCAGGGCGAUAGUCUUCAUUCGUACGGCAGCACGAUGACGAUCAGUGGCACGGAGCCGAAUAGUUUCGAGGAGGAGAUUAUGGGCUUGCGGAAGCUGCUGAGAGCACGCGAUGACGAGAUCGACAAGUUGCGGCGGGAGAUCGAUAAGCUCAAGAGCGUUCUUCAGCAAAAAGCCGUCAGCAGUCUCGAGCAGCCGAAUGCCCAGCCGGGACAGCCGGGACGGCUCGCGCUCGUCAGUCCCUCCAGCACACCGACGCACAAAGGGCAGCAUGUGGCCGAAGGAGAGCUACUGUCCAGCAUCCAGGCUAACUAUGCGAUGGCCGGACAGCCCCUGUCGGAGCUGUUUGGCAUUUCGGGCAACAGCUUUAAGCUGCAUCAGAUGAAGUCCGUCAAAGGCAUCACGCUGCAGGCGAUGAAGAAGCAGGGCGUGUCGGGCGAAAGCUGCGACCUGAUGGGCAGCCAAUCGAGCGACAUUAAGAUACCAAAGUACAAGAAAGAUUUCAGUGCGAAGCAGCUGAUCAAGGACGCAAUCAUGGAGAACGAUUUCUUCAAAAAUAUCGACUCGCUCCAGAUAAGGGAGAUCGUCGAUUCGAUGUAUAGUCGCGAGUUCCGCAAGGGUGAGUACGUCAUACACGAGGGUGAGGCCGGCUCGCACCUGUACGUGUCUGCGUCCGGUGAGUUCGAAGUCAUCAAGGAUAGUAAGGUGCUGGGCGUGAUGGGACCGGGCCGGGCGUUCGGAGAGCUGGCGAUACUGUACAACUGCACACGGACGGCAUCGAUACGGGUGCUUUGUGAUUCGCGUGUGUGGGUACUGGAUCGCCGGGUGUUCCAGCAGAUAAUGAUGCGCACGGGAAUGCAGCGUAUAGAGGAGAAUGUGAACUUCCUGAAGUCGGUACCGUUGCUCAAACAUCUAAGCAAUGAUGUCCUUACGAAAAUAGCCGACGUCCUUGAGGUGGAAUUCUAUCCCGCCGGAGCAUUCAUCAUUCGCCAAGGUGCCGCUGGAGACACAUUCUUUCUCAUUAGCCAGGGAACGGUGAAGGUAACCCAACGGCUACCCGGCCGCUCGGUAGAUGAAGAAAUUCGCAUACUCGUCCGUGGAGAGUACUUCGGCGAGCAGGCGCUCAUUAGGGAGGAUAAGCGCACGGCCAACAUCAUAGCGAUGUCGCCCGGUGUCGAGUGUCUCACGCUGGAUCGCGAAUCGUUCACCAAGCACAUCGGUGACCUGUGUGAACUGCAGGAAAAGAACUACGGCGAUGAGGAGCGGGUGCUGGCCUUCCGCAAUCUGGAGAACACUCAUCCUUCGCUGGGAUCGUGUCAACCUGAGCUGCUGGACGUCAACUUAACCGACCUGGAGGUGGUAGGAACCCUUGGCGUGGGGGGUUUCGGUCGGGUUGAGUUAGUUAAGCUGGAACGCAACGGUGAUACACAAGUGUACGCACUGAAGUGUAUGAAAAAGCGUCACAUAGUUGACACACGGCAGCAGGAGCAUAUGUACAGCGAGCGAAAGAUAAUGCUGGCCUGCCAAAGCCCAUUCAUCUGUCGGCUUUACCGCACGUACAAGGAUACUAAGUUUGUGUACAUGCUGCUGGAGGCUUGCAUGGGCGGUGAGGUGUGGACCAUUCUGCGCGAUCGGGUUACGUUUGAGGACUCGACGGCAAAGUUCAUCGUAGCGUGUGUGCUGCAAGCGUUCGAUUUUCUGCAUGCACGCGGUAUCGUCUAUCGAGAUUUGAAGCCGGAGAACUUACUGCUGGAUGCUAGGGGUUACGCCAAGCUGGUUGAUUUCGGAUUCUCCAAAUUCAUUGGCUACAGCAGUAAAACGUGGACGUUCUGUGGCACACCGGAGUACGUGGCACCGGAAAUCAUUCUCAACAAGGGGCACGACCGGUCCGUCGACUAUUGGGCGUUGGGUAUUCUGAUACACGAGCUACUGACCGGAAUCCCACCGUUUACUGCAGCAGAUCCCAUGAAAACGUACAACAUAAUUCUAAAAGGCAUCGACAUGGUCAACUUCCCGAAGCACAUGUCCCGUGCCGCCGUUAGCCUUAUCAAGCGACUUUGCCGUGACGUGCCAUCGGAACGGUUGGGCUACCAGCGUGGUGGCGUACAAGACAUCAAAAAGCACAAAUGGUUCCAGGGCUUCGACUGGGACGGUUUGAUUGCGCUGACACUUAAAUCUCCGUUGCAACCGAACCUGCAAGGCCCGCUGGACAUGUCCAACUUUGACAUCUUCCCCAAAGACUUAGACAUUCCGCCGGACGAACUGUCCGGGUGGGAUGCUGACUUCUGAGAGCUUGCGGCCCGGCUGCCACCAUAUCAAUCCAGCAAACUAGUGAUACAAACAAUCUGCAAUACAAUGCCUAGCCCACAAUAAGUUUGGUUUAAAGUUGUUACGAUAGUGCAAUAAGGUUCGCGGUACACAGAUCGCGCCAGGUACAAAGGAAGCAAGCGUAUUGCGUUGUUGAGCGGUCUUUAUUUGACUAAUGUAACUAAAGCGAAAUAAAUCUUCUAUUUACUAGUUA